GCAUUGGUGAUAGGUAAUAAUGGCUACCCUAAUGGCUGAUAGUUCAAAGCGUUUUUUUACACUUCAUUAAGCAAGAAAUCAGGAGAGAAGGAAUCAAAAUAAAAAUUGAACAAAUAGCAAGGGAAAAUAUAGACAUAUUUAAUCACCAGCAGAAGACGAAGAAAAAAGUGAAUAAUUGCAACAGUUAAAAGAUGGACGUAGUUGAAGAAUGAAAUAUGAGAAAGUGACAGGAGCUUCGUACGUGAGAAGAAAAUGGUGCACUGCAGAGCUUUGGUAUUGUAAAAUGCAGUGAUUUUAAGUGGCAACCGAAACUGACUCGAGAAAUGCUGUUGCACCGAACCAUUACCAUAUUGAUCUUGCUAUAUCUUAACUAAAUCAUAGCAACUAAGUGACUAAUGGAUUCCACAAGUAUUCUUAGUCCCAGUGAGAAGUUUACUCUCAUCUCAAGAAAUCUCCAGGAGAUUCUUGGUGAAGACCAACUGAAGCUUAUUCUUAAAGAAAGAGAUAUGAAGUUAUACUGGGGUACUGCUACCACAGGAAGGCCCCAUAUUGCAUACUUUGUUCCUAUGACCAAAAUAGCUGACUUUCUUAAAGCAGGCUGUGAGGUUACCAUAUUGUUUGCUGAUCUCCAUGCUUAUCUUGAUAACAUGAAAGCUCCCUGGGAACUGCUGAAGCAGCGGGUGUUGUAUUAUGAAAGGAUUAUUAAAGCUAUGUUGAAAUCAUUGGGUGUUUCAUUGGAGAAAUUGAAAUUUAUUAGAGGUACAGAUUAUCAACUUAGCAAAGAAUAUACAUUAGAUGUCUACAAAUUAUCAUCUAUAGUCACAGAUCAUGAUGCCCGUAAAGCAGGAGCUGAAGUUGUCAAGCAGGUUGAGCAUCCAUUGUUGAGUGGGUUGCUUUAUCCUGGUCUUCAGGCUUUAGAUGAAGAAUACUUGAAAGUUGACGCCCAAUUUGGAGGAGUUGAUCAGCGAAAGAUUUUCACCUUUGCUGAGAAGUAUCUACCACAUUUAGGAUAUGCAAAAAGAAUACAUUUGAUGAAUCCCAUGAUUCCUGGAUUGACUGGUAGCAAAAUGAGUUCAUCAGAAGAAGACUCCAAAAUUGAUCUCAUUGAUUCUGCUGCUCAACUUAAGAAGAAGUUAAAACGGGCUUUUUGUGAACCUGGAAAUAUUAAAGACAAUGGACUUUUAUCAUUUUGUAAACAUGUACUGUUCCAGUUGCCUGCUGUAAAAGAUGGGUUUACUGUUUCCAGAAAAGAAGAAAAUGGUGGGAAUGCUGUAUAUAAAAAUUAUGAUGAACUGGAAUCUGCUUUUGCUAAAGAGGAACUCCACCCUGGCGAUUUCAAAACUGCCGUUGAAUUUUACAUUAAUGAAUUGUUAGAGCCCAUCCGCAAGGAAUUUGAAACUCCAGAAAUGAAGGCAUUAACAAAAGCAGCUUAUUCACCCGCUCAAAAAGCUCCUGCCAAAGAAGAUGAAGUCACACCAUCACGCCUUGAUUUCAGAGUGGGGCGAAUAUUAUCUGUGGAAAAGCAUCCGGAUGCUGAUAGUCUGUACAUUGAGAAAGUUGAUUUGGGAGAAGACACUCCUAGAACUGUGGUCAGUGGUUUGGCUGGUCUUAUACCUAUGGAAGAGUUAAACAAUAAAUUAGGAGUAUUUUUGUGUAAUUUGAAAUCCCAAAAGAUGCGAGGAAUUGAAUCUCAAGCUAUGCUUAUGUGUGCUUCUAAGAAUGAGCCACGGCAGGUUGAAAUGCUUGACCCACCUGAAGGCUCAUCUGAGGGUGAAGUUAUUUUUAUUGAAGGUCACAACGGAACACCAGAUAAAGAAUUGAAACCAAAAAAGAAAAUUUGGGAGAAAUUGCAGCCUGAAUUUCUGGUCAAUACAUCUGGCAUUGCUGAAUGGAAUGGGUACCAAAUGAGAAGUAAACUUGGAUUAGUGAAGAGUUCCUCACUAAGAAAUGUUCCUAUUAAAUAAGCAGUUUAUUACAAUCUUUGGAAGUUUGAUCAAAAGAUAAUGUCGACCAUUACCCCUUCCUAAGUAAACUACUAUCAACAUUCUUUUAGAUGAUUCACAAAGUUUAUAAAUCCAUUUUAAAUAAUAUCAUAACUUACAUUUAAUGUUAUAUUUGUAUAACUGAAAUUAUGUAAAAUAUAAAUAAUAUUUAUAAGAUUACUAACAACAAACCAAUAAUAAUAACAAUAAUAAUUACAGCAUAGAAGACACAUAUUGGCCAUUCAAAAACACAAAGAUUGUAACUUCACUUAAAUAUUUAUUAUUGGAUGUCAAAGUCUUUGUAUCAUCAACUGUGACUUGGUCACUGAUGCGAUUCUGCAGCAUCUCAUUUAAAGCAAGUUUGUUGGUCGGUGACCAGGUCGCAGUUAGUGCUACAAUAAUUUUGACACCAAAUAAAUGUUUAAGUGAAUUUUAGCAGAUUUUUUUUUCUGUGUUUUUGAAUGCCUAGUAUAUGCCUUCCACACUAAUUGCUUUCAUUUCAACACAGGGUUUUGGAUCAAAUCACUUGCCUUGGAAGUACAUCUCUGAAAUGAUAAUAAUAAUAAUAAUAAUAAUAAUAAUAAAGAUUUCUUUUAAUGAUGAUAAGAUCUUUGAGCCACUUAAUAUAAUUUUAUAUUGUAUUUUCUUCUAGAUUAAAGUAAUAUUGAAUUUUAACAUUGGCUUAAGAUUACAUAUUUUGUUAGGAACACAAGUUGCUAAAUUCAACCUCAGUAUAUGACUGGUGUUUUAUUUCAUCAACUUAAAAUGAUGAAAAUCAAAGUUGACAAAUUAGUAUUGCAUAAUAAAACAGCUAAUAAUAUAGUAAAUAAUGAAUAUAAGUUAUAUUUACUUGAAGUUACCAUCAUGCCUUUUUGCUUUCCAAGAACAUUAUCUUUGAAAUUAAAUUAAUAUUAACAUUUAA